AGGCCUGAAAGGUAACCAUUGACCAAAAGAAGCAUAGGCCCAAAUGCUAAAAAUAUCCCUCCCAAAACCAAGAAUCUUACGGAAGGAUGAGAAAACCUGCUACUCUGAAGCCUUAAUGCCGCCCAGAAAAUGAAGUGAAAAUAGCGAAAUCAACAAUUAAACCUGCAAAACUUUCAAAUUCAGAAGAAAGGGGAAGAAUUGUGAUGUGAAGAAUCUGAAAAUGGCAAUGGCUGCUGCAAUAGGAAUUGGUUUGGGUUACAGUAAACGACCCUUUGCAAUUUGUCCUCCUUUCAUCUGUUGUGUUGCCAAGUUUCCUCGCAUUACUUUUGUUUCUGCUAUUGAAUCUCCCAAAGCAGAUGAUGUUCAUCCAACCCUUCCUAAACCUACCCCUAAUUCACCAGGUGUAGUUAAUGGAGUUGGUGGUAUUCAAUGUAAAACUCGAGAGUGGAAGACGUUGAGUUCCAAACAACUUGGCAUCACUAAUUCCAUGAUUGAUAAACAUACUAAAUAUGUUCUUAAAUCCCUCAAGAACAAGGGAUACCAGGUUUACCUUGUUGGAGGGUGCGUGCGCGACCUCAUCUUGAAGAGAAUUCCCAAGGAUUUUGACAUCAUCACUUCAGCUGAGCUUAAGGAGGUUGUUCGAAGCUUUCCUCGGUGUGAAAUAGUUGGAAGGCGAUUUCCUAUUUGUCAUGUGCAUGUAGCGGAUUCUAUUAUUGAGGUGUCAAGCUUUAGCACUGUUGCAAAGAAGCCAAGGAAGAAUUCUGAUCAUCUUUUCAGAAGGCCUCGAGGAUGUGACGAGCACGAUUAUAUUCGCUGGAGAAAUUGUAUUCAGCGAGACUUUACGAUUAACGGGCUGAUGUUUGAUCCUUACUCAAAGCUAGUAUAUGACUAUAUCGGUGGAAUUGAAGAUAUUAAAAAAUCUAGGGUGCGGACAGUAAUCCCGGCAUUUUCUUCUUUCACGGAAGAUUGUGCUCGAAUUUUACGCGCUUUUAGAAUUGCAGCACGCUUAGAGUUUAAAUUUACUAAAGAGCUCGCACUUUCUUUGAAAGAAUUAUCUUACUCAUUGCUAAGGCUUGACAAGGGAAGGAUCCUUAUGGAGUUGAAUUAUAUGCUGGCUUAUGGGUCUGCUGAAGCUUCUUUAAGGUUACUAUGGAAGUAUGGCCUUCUAGAGAUACUCUUACCUUUACAGGCAGCAUAUUUUGUUUCACAGGGUUUUCGAAGGAGAGACAAAAGGUCUAACUUGCUUCUGUCUUUGUUUUCAAAUCUGGAUAAACUCCUAGCACCAGAUCGUCCAUGCCAUAGCAGCUUGUGGGUAUGCUUAUUAGCAUUUCACAAAGCAUUGGCUGACCAACCACGGGAUCCUUUGGUUAUAGCUGCUUUCUGUCUAGCUGUCCACAAUGGUGGCUCUUUAUCUGAAGCGAUUAACAUUGCUAAGAGCAUCACUCGACCACAUGCUUCAGGUUUCCGUGAAUUACUUGAAGACCAAAAUCAAAAUAUGGGUGAUAAUUUGGAAAAUGAAGUCAAAGAUCUUGCUGCUGCUGUUAAAAUAGCAUUGUGUCAGAUGACUGAUGAGAAUAUUGUUUCUCAAGCUAUGGCGAAGUAUCCACAAGCACCAUUUUCAGAUUUGGUUUUCAUUUCACUGCCACUGCAAUUGCGGACAGAGAGGAUUAUAAGUUGUGUUACAAAGGGAAGGGAAAAUGGAUUCGCGCCAAAGCAUGGGACUAAGAUCAACUAUGAGUCAUUGGCUAUUGGGAGUUUGCAUGAAGUGCGGUAUAUGUUGUCAAGAAUUAUUUUUGAUACAAUUUAUCCUCCAUACUCGAACAAAAAUGAUAAACAUGUCAAUGGAAAUUAGAUUUUACAUGAAAAUUAGAUUUUAGGGAGUAGGAUAUUCUUUAUUCAAAGGAAAUAUUACAAGAAUUACUCAUGUAGUCUUAGAAUCUUACAACAUACUUUGUACGAGUAUAUUAUAUUAUUAAGGUUGCUUAGUUGACCUUGAGCCCAUUGUUAAAUAGUGCUUGUUGCUUUC